AUGUUAUUUCCCAGCACAUACUCCCCAAGACUCGACAGCAACGUGACCACGUUGCAGCCGGUCAAUCCGUCAUCCGCAGAUAUACAACCGAGACGCUCUUCACCCGAGGUAUACCUCUCGUUGGCGUGUUAUGGCAUUCUUGUGAUAACUAUCCUUUGUGGUAACAGCCUUGUUGUUUCAGCCUACGUGUUAAACAAAUGGCUACGCAGAGCUCUCACACACACCCUGAUAAUAGGACUGGCGCUGGCUGACCUUCUGAUUGGGUUAGUUUCUGUGCCCAUUUGGAUGUGUAUUACUCUGUGGAAUCAUCGUGGCGAGCCGUUCAAUGUGCAUAUUUAUCAACUUUACAUAAUUGCUGAUAUAUUUAUCGGAGGCGCAUCCAUUCUUCAGCUAACUGCUAUUGGCAUAGAAAGAUCCCACGCCAUCCUGAGACCAUUUCAGCAUCGCCGUCUUCAACAGAAAACCUUGUACAUUGCAGUAGCCUCAAUUUGGGUUUUCUCUGCUGUUCUGUCUUCACUACAGCCUUUGCAGUAUGGAACGGACUGGCAGGUGCCAUACACCAUUCUUACAGCAAGUGCUUGUUUCUUCAUUCCAGUGUUGAUCAUUAUCACUGCUUACGGCAGCAUUUUUGUGGUUGCUAUGAAAGGGAAAAAAUUACAGAGCCAAAAUCAGACACUAACGUCUUCUUUAGAUAAGGAGGUAAGGUUUGUAUAAUCGCUUUCUUCUGAGAAAAGAUGAGAAAGGGCAGAAAUGGAGAAGGGCGGGGGGAGUUGGAGAAGGGUGGAGAGAGAGAAAAGGGCUGGGUACAUAGUGUAAAAGUGACGAAAAAUAAAUGCAACUUUUACGGUACACUGAUGGAAAACUUUACCAAAGUUUAUCCAUUUUCUUGCUGUAGAUGAAACUGUGUGGGACCAUCGCUCUCAUAACGUUGUUGUUCAUCAUAGCAUGGCUUCCACUUUUCACCUUGACAAUGCUGGCCACGUUUGAUCCUAAAGCUCUCCCGAAGCCGAUCAUUUUCUCUCGCCUACUGCACUUUGUUAAAUGGAUGCAUUACAGUUCAAGUGCCAUUAAUCCAUUCUUGUACUCUCACCGAAACACCGACCUGCGCAGGACCAUUGCUGUGAUUCUGCGGCGUCUGGUUAUAAGAAAAGGACCUGGUUUGAAUGAAGUGUUUAGAAGACGCCACAGCAGCUUGUCCACUUUGCCUUUAAGAAGCUUGAGUAUCACUUCAGAUCAGAGUCGUAAGACGAGCAUAGAAAGCUGCCAACAGUGUCUCCCCAGGGCUCCCUCUGAAUUUGUGUCGUCCUAUGCUAACAUUAGGAGACUCGGCUCCCUGUUUGAACAAAAAGAAAAAGAGAAUGUAUCGGCUGAAGAGAGCAACAAACUUUGA